GCACUCGACCCACUCUGCUGACUAACCUUUCCACAGGCAAGUCGUGCAAGAAACCUGCAGUUCAGGAGGAGGAUAGAAUGUACUUUCAUGUGUACAUACACAGAGUAUAUUUAAGGAGAAAUAACUCUUGCCUGGAGAGGAGACAGAAUCAAGAUGACCGCUUGUGGCUCCUUCAGUCAAAACACACAUACAGCACACUGUAUUCUUCUAAGCUGCCAAACCACUACCUGCAUUGAUUCACAAAGAUGAACCAAAGUGGAAUGGAUACAAGAAUUGGAUGACAGCUAAAAAUAUCAAGAAGGAACUAUUAUCGAACACCUUCCCUUUAUUUUUGCUUAAAACUGAACGACAGAUACAUUACUAUAUUACCCAGCUUCUCCCUCAAAGCUCUGUAACAUCGACUGGCCACUUUCACCCAAAGGUCAGAGUUAAAUAGUUGUUUGAAUAUUAAUUAUUGUAAUCAUCAACCCCCUGUAACCUAGUUAAGAAAGUGCAAAGAUCACUUCACUCUUGAAAUUGAAAUUACCUAGGUGUCAACUCAGCUGACAUAUUCAAACAUGGCCACUACUGGUGCCAUGGAAGUGGCAGACAUCAGUGUUGUAAUGCUCUACUUCAUCCUGGUGCUAGCGAUUGGGUUCUUGGCGAUGUGGAAAUCCAAUCGCAGCACAGUGAGUGGAUACUUCCUUGCUGGUCGCUCCAUGAACUGGGCAGCUAUAGGGGCCUCCCUAUUCGUCAGCAACAUAGGAAGUGAGCAUUUUAUUGGACUUGCAGGAUCUGGAGCUGCGACUGGUUUGAGUGUAGCUGCGUGGGAAUUGAAUGCCCUGUUAUUGCUCCAGCUGUUAGGUUGGAUUUUCAUCCCUGUCUAUAUUCAGUCAGGAGUCUACACCAUGCCAGAGUACCUGUCCAAACGGUUCGGAGGGAGACGGCUGAAGGUGUAUUUUGCAGUGUUAUUGCUUAUCCUCUACAUCUUCACCAAGUUGUCAGUGAACCUCUAUGCCGGAGCUUUGUUUAUCCAGGAAUCAUUUGGGUGGAACUUGUAUUUGUCGAUCACCCUGCUUAUCGCCAUGACUGCUUUGCUGACAGUCACUGGAGGCCUGGUUGCUGUCAUCUACACGGACAUAGUCCAGGCGUUCCUCAUGAUUGUGGGAGCUCUCUGUCUUACAGGCAUCAGCCUCGUCAAAGUGGGAGGACUUGAAGGGUUAAGGGUCAAGUACAUGGAAGCCUCGCCAAACAUCUCAGCCAUCUUGAUGGCUUCACCUAACCUGACAUUUUCUGAAUCCUGCUACCACCACCUCAACCCAAGGCCAGAUGCACUGAAGAUCUUUCGAGGACCAAAAGAUCCAGACCUGCCUUGGCCGGGUUUUUUGCUGGGCCAGACACCUGCCUCUAUUUGGUACUGGUGUGCAGAUCAAGUGAUUGUGCAACGGGUUCUGGCAGCAAAGAACAUCGCCCAUGCCAAAGGUUCUACGAUCAUGGCUGGCUUCCUGAAAAUCCUGCCCAUGUUUGUUAUCGUCAUCCCAGGGAUGAUUGCCCGGGUCUUAUUCACUGAUGAGUUGGUGUGUAUCAGUCCCGAACACUGUCUGGAAGUAUGUGGCUCAGCAGCUGGCUGUAGCAACGUGGCUUACCCGCGGCUUGUCAUGUCAGUGAUGCCCGUUGGCCUCCGAGGUCUGAUGAUGGCAGUCAUGAUUGCAGCUCUCAUGAGUGACCUGGACUCCAUCUUCAACUCAGCAAGCACCAUCUUUACACUGGAUAUUUACAAGAUGCUACGGAAGGAAAUAUCUUCCAGAGAGCUGGUGAUAGUCGGCAGACUGUUUGUGGUUUUUAUGGUGAUAAUAAGCAUUGCAUGGGUGCCAGUCAUUAUUGAAAUGCAGGGAGGACAGAUGUUCUAUUACAUCCAAGAAGUAUCCGAUUAUCUGACUCCACCCAUCGCUGCUCUGUUCUUGCUCGGAGUCCUAUGGCAUCGAUGCAAUGAGAUGGGUGCUUUUUGGGGUGGGAUAAUAGGCUUUAUACUUGGAGCAGUGCGUCUGGUGCUAGCAUUUGUUUACCGUGAACCUCACUGUGACCAACCGGAUGAGCGCCCGUCUUUCAUCAAAGACAUCCAUUUCAUGUAUGUGGCGGCCAUCUUGUUCUGGGUAUCCGCUUUAGUGACCAUUGUUGUGAGUCUCUGCACUCCACCCCCCACAAAAGAACAAAUCGCAACAACUACUCUGUGGGGUUUAAACAAGAGAAAGAAGUUAAAACUGCAAGUAAAAGAAAAUGCUGAGGAGAGCAUCAUUUCUCUGAAGCCCCUUAACAAUGGAAACACUGAGCUUGGUAAAGGAGAGUACAGAGACCAACUCAAUGGCAUUGACAAUUGUGAAAAUGGUCAACCAAGCAAUGGCCAUGCUAUUACAGUCACUAACCUUGAACCCCACCAUCCAGUCCAGAAAAGUUGCUGUACAAUGACUACUGAACGCAAAAUGUUAGAGGAAGCAGAUGGAGGGGGUGUAAGGGAUGGGGAGGAGGGCUGCUUUGAAGGAGGGGGGACACACAGCCGGAGGUGCAUAAGGGUGCUAGAGUGGGUGUGUGGCUUCAGGGAGAAAUCAUCCAAGGAUCAGGUCAUUAUAGCUCAGGAACAGGAAAUGACCGCUGAUGAGCUUCUCCAAGAAUCUCCCCAAACCAGAAUCAUCCUGACCUUAGGAAUGGUCGUGAUUUGCUCCAUUGGCAUCUUCCUCUUCAUCUAUUUUUCUAUAUAGACCCCCCCAAGUAAACCUGAGCAUCCACACUUCUAUGUGUUCUUAAACGGCUUCCCUUGAAUGACCAAAAUUGGAAUUGACCAAACCAAAGGUGCUCAUGAGUACAGCACUGACAACUGUUCAACCUGAGAUUUUUACAUAGACAUAGACAACAUAGAAAUUCUAUAUUGUCUAUGUUGACUUCACAACAAAGGGUUUGGUUUAGUUUAGGGUUAGGGUUACUUCACAACACAUUUACGGGAGACUCCACCUGUUAGGGUGGAGUCUUCCGGAUAACUACAUUAAAUUACAUCCCUUAUUUUUAAUAAAAAAAUAGCAAAUACUCUCAUUUGUUAAGCCAAUAAACAAAAAUAAGAUUUAAACAUAUGCACUAAUGUACAUUUUACUCAGAAUGACUGGAUAAAAUGUAUAUUUGUUGUUAUGGAAUAAGAUUUCUAUCACUCAAAUUGUACUGUAUUUGUUCACCUUUUUUUUAAAUCGCAUUAAAUUUCAUAAAAACUCAGCAGGUUUGAAUUAGCAGUAGCACAUGUGUUAGCAUGUUGUAUACUAUGACUAAAUGAAUGGUUUUACAUUUACGAUGAGUGUUUGUGUAUGACAAUAUAUGACACUGAAUUAAUUGAUGUUUACUGUUACAUGCAGUAGGCUAGUUUUCUGUUGUAUACAUAAUAACAUGUUUUUUAAUUUGUCCCAAUGGGGAUGUCUUUUGUAAUUCCACUGUGAAAAUGUCAUAGUAAAACUUAUUUUAAUGCAAAUAUGUAUCUAACCCCAUCAUUUUUUAAAGAACAUUUUAACAUAUCUGCACUAGUAAUACCUUCUUAUUGCUACACAUACUCAUGAUCCACACUGUAUGCAAAUCCAAUUUGCUGAGUUUGUGGUUUGUACUACUCUUUAAAACUUAAAAGCGGCCUUCUACUCAGAUGUUAUUUUUAUUAAUGUAAAUGUGAAUUUUGAUGCAUUUUGCACAAUUAAAACAAGGAUGGAUUUACUGUG